AUGAUGCGCAUGAACGCCAGACUGGUCCGCCGACUCUCAACCAUCCGCGACCUGCGGGGCCGGUUCUGCCACCCAGUGCCGGCGGCGCUUCAGGACACACUCUCCGAUCACAACUGGCCCCCAACGGCGAGGGCGGUGCGGCUCAACUAUGAGGCUCGGUACGCCGCACACCACCGCGCGGGCCAUUCGCAGUGGCUUGUCGUGCGCGACGUCGUUGCACAGCGCACACAUGAGAACCGCUACAACUGGGCCACCAUUCUCCUGCAGACUUUUCGGACGAGUCCGAUCGCCGUCAGCGCCUCUCUGCGCUGGACAGCCUUCACGGCGCUCUUCGUCACGCCCUACUGCCUCUUUGAGUGGAGGGACCGGCUGGGUGAGGCGAUGAUGAACUACCUGAACGCCCACCAGGGCUCGCUCAUCUCGGCGUUCAGCGUCUAUUCCACUGCUCUCUUCCUCCUGCUCUCGCUUCGCCUCAACACAGCGAUCAAGUACUACACCGAUGGCGUCACGGCGUUCUCCGACGUGUGCGCCCAGAUCAGCUGCCUCACCCACUUGACGCAGCUCUACUUUACGGAUAAGGCCGCCAGCACCGAGGUGUGCCUGUGGGCGUACGCAAUGUGCCGCGCAACCGAGGCGGAGAUGCGCAAAGCGACGGGGGAGGAGUCGCGUGCUAUGUACGAGCACCUGCUGCUGCGGCACGCGCCGUCGGCCGCCUCGCGCGGUGACUCCCAGGCACCGGUCGAGGCCCCAGACGGGCAGGUCACAGCCUCUGAAACGGACGAGGCGCUGGCCUUCCUGCUGGGCGAGAGGGAGCAGCGCUGGCGCGUGGAGGCUCUCGUGCAGGCCGGCAGCCAGCCCGUCUUUGUGCUGCAGCAGCUGACGGCGAUGCUUCGCGUCGCAUUCGACCGCGGCACCAUCACCAACAUCCGCGCGCUGAUCGCACUCCACGCCUCGGUCGAGAAGAUGCAGCUGGCGCACUCCGUGUGCCAGCGCGUGCAGCUCGCGCCCGAGCCCUACUCUUACACCUCUCUCAUGAAAACCUCGAGUGUUAUCUGGUGCGGCGCGAUCCCCUUUGUCCUGAUGCCGACCCUCCAGAUCGCCACCAUCCCGAUGUGCGGCAUGCUCUCCUUCUUUGUCUCGAAGAUUGACGAGAUCUCCGCCGAGCUGCAGAACCCAUUUGGCUACGACAUCUCAGAUAUUGGCAUGGGCGCCAUCAACGGCCGCCUGCAGCGCGAAGUUGCGCAGUCGGUGCUGAUCUACAAUCACUACGACGCCUCGCCCCUCCCGUGGACCGUCAGUGGCGCGGGCAACGCCAUGGACGCAGCGGCCGACUCGAAGGUGGCUGGUGCCGUUAAGCUCGGCCUGCCGGGCGCCGGCGACUGGAAGGACAACGAGAAGCUGUGGAAGGCGGCGGGGCUCGGCGGCCGCGAGGCUGUCUACAGUUGGCCUGGGAGGCCGUGUGCGUGA